AUGAAUUUCUCUCCAUUCAGUACACAUUUUCCCGGAAUUCAUCAAUUUGUAUCGACAACGCAGGAAAACAAUUCGGGAAACAAUCAAACGCGAUAUAACACAAACACUUCAAGUAGCUCAACAUCAAACAACAAUACAAACAAUCUUUCGAAUAAUUUCAAUCAGACAAAAUUUCGGAAUGAUUUGGAGACAAAUGUUGUUUCGACAAAUAAUAUUAUCAACAAAUACGUGAAUCAAACAGCAACAACGGCACAAUAUGGAACAGUUUCGUAUUCUCAGCCCAAUAACGAUACGAAAAGUAAUUUGACCCUUUCCAACAGCAAUUACCAAAUUACGAAUAAUCUUCAGAUGAAAGAUAAUGUUAUUCAACAACAACAUUCCGACUUAACGCAAGAUAUUACAGCAUUAUUGCAGCAAACUGAUACGAAACGCGUUUUGCAGAACGUGAACACGAGUUGGCAAACAUUAACAACGCCAGCUACUUCAGUUGCGGAUUAUCUUUCGCAUCUUCCUGCGAGUACUUUACCAUUGUCUCUUCAUCAUUUCUUGAAAUACUCUGCGGAAAAUAUCAAGAAGGAGACUCAAAAUCCAUUAACGACAAUCGACAUAUCUCAAACCCAAACGACGACAUCUCAAAUCAACUUGAAUAACUUAACUUCAAGUCUUCUUCCAUCAACGACUUCUAUCGCUAAUAUUAUUCAACAGCAACAUCAAUUGCAACAAAAUACAAACUUACAAAACAUUCAAGUUGUUCAAAAUCAAGUAAAUGUAAAUCAAGGAAAUGCAUCUCAAGUCAAUAACACGACAAAUAACGUAUCAAAUACGCAACAACAAGUAACUCAAGCAACAACUCCUGCUGUCAAAAAGCAAAAAAAGAAGAAAAAGAAACCGCCAAAGGAGAGAAAACCAAGACUCAAGCCCGGAGAAGUUCGUUUAACGACAGCUUUGGAUGGCAGUACGUUAUACGAAUGUCCCGAUUGUCAAGUUUGUUAUCCUGAACGAGGAAUUCUUGAACAACACAUGAUAGGACAUAAUUUGGAAAGAAAAUUUGUGUGUGAUGUGUGCAAUGCUGGAUUAAAACGCAAAGAUCAUCUCACACGUCACAAGCAAUCUCAUAAUCCGCAACGCCCGUUUAUUUGUACUUUUUGUAUGAAAGGCUUCAAACGAAAGGAACAAUUGACGCUCCACGCUGUUAUUCACAGCGGCGAAAAACGACAUGUUUGCUCCGAAUGCGGUAAAGGUUUUUAUCGCAAAGAUCAUUUGAGAAAGCAUACAAGAAGUCAUAUUGCUCGUCGAUUAAAGGCGGAAUUGAAUCAGGGACAACCCGGAGAGAAUGGAGAAGCUCAAGAUGGAGCUCAAACAAAUGUACAACAAAUUCAGAAUACGAAUGGAAAUAUUCAACAACAACAGGGAAAUGGACAGCAACAACAUUUGAAUAAUAUUCAACAGUCUCUGAUCCAACAACAAAUUGUUCAAGCUCAGCAACUGCAGGCUCAGUUGCAACAACAUGGACAAAUAAUGUCUUAAAUUUACUUUGCUGUGUUUUUUUUUCUUGUCAUGAAUGUGAAAUUAAAUAACU